AUGGCCCAACAAAGUGAGGUAGCCGCGAGCUCCUCUUGGCCGGCGCAGUUUCUGCAUUAUGCCUCGCGCCGCCGCCAGAGGUUCUACGGCAUCAUCGCCAUUGCCGUGGUGAUGCUCGCCGCCGCGACCUUUAUCUACGGCGGGUUUGCGACCGGUAUAGACUUUGGCUCCUACGUGCCGCGUCCCAAGGACGCCCUGCCGCCGGCGCAUAACAGCGGCGUGACCGGCGCGGACGGGGUGAGCCACGGCGGGAACGGCGCGAACGGCGGGCACACCCCCGUGCAGACGCAGAUACCCGUGGCGCCCGGGACGCAGGCGCAAACGGAGACGCAGACGCAGACGGAAACGAAGACGGAAACGGAGACGGAGACGCAGACGCAGACGGGCAGCGGCUUGGUGCAGUCGACGCAGACGCAGACGCAGACAGAGACGCAGACAGAAACGCAGGCCCCUGCCGUGCAGGUCCAGCCCGGCAUCCCGACCAAGAUCUGGCAGAUCUUGCUGCCAAAAAGCGGAAGUAAGUCCAAGCAGAACUUCGUGGCGGAUCCUAAGAUCCUCGUCGAGACGCCCAGCUGGCUGGCCAAGAACCCCGACUACACAUACACGCUAGUGGGCCAAAAAGGCGGCGACGAGUUCGUGCGCAAGCACUUCGGCAGCAACUCGCGGCUGGUGGAGGCGUACGAGCAGAUGCCCAACGUGGGGAUGAAGUCGGACCUGCUGCGGUACCUGAUCCUGGCGGCCGAGGGCGGCGUGUACACCGACACCGACACGGUGGCGCUGCGGCCCAUCGACGAGUGGGUGCCCCGAAAAAGUACCGCGAACAGGGCCGCUCGUUGGUGGUGGGCAUCGAGUUCGACCGACCCGCGAACGGGCCCGGGUGGGACUGACAUCUCGCACUGGGUCCAGUUCUGCCAGUGGACGAUUGCCGCGAGCCCCCGGCCACCCCCGUGUUUUGGGAAGAUGGUGGACCGGAUUCCUCGCGUCGUUGGAUGA